CAUUUCGCACGAUGCAUUCACGGACUUAUCCCUCAGCUGCUGCAAUGUCAUCGCCUCGCUACCAUGCAGCAAAGUAAAGAGGGUACAACUGGACAGGACUGGAGACGUUCUAAACUUCACACAUGCUAGCUAAGCCUCGGUAGUGUCGGCGAAGGAAGCCCCGCAGCGAUGGUUUUGGUGUCGGCCUGAGACAAAAUAAAAGGAGGAAUUGUUUUUACCUCGACAGGAAGAAGGACUACAGCUCGUGGAGUUCAUAUGUUGAAACCUGCUUUUCUGAGCCACCACAGAAGGCUGACUGGACUGUGUCCCGUGUAUUCCUAAAAAUGGCUAUCAUCAGACAAUUUAGAUUACUGGUGUGGAAAAACUAUCUUCAGCAGAAACGUCAAAUUGUGGUGACUCUGAUAGAGAUACUCUUGCCGCUGCUAUUUUCUGGAAUCCUCAUCGCACUGCGUCAGAGGGUUCAAUUUAAGGACUACCCAAAUGCCACAGUCUACGAGAGUUUUGAAGUCAGAGAGCUGCCCAUCAGACCUCCCCCGUGUUACUUAAAUAUCUUACAGUUGGCCUAUGUGCCUGGCAAUUCCAGUGUGGUGCGUCAAGUGGCAGAGGAUGUGCGAGGCAGCCUGAAACUCACCUCAGUGCGUGGCUUUGAGACAGAGGAGCAGUUUGAGGACUUUGUGAGGAAUGACCCUAUGUCAAGCAGACUGCUGGCUGCAGUGGUUUUUGAACAUCCCUUGUUACAUGAUGAUGAACCUCUGCCCUUACAGGUGAGCUACCACCUGCGCUUCACUUUCACCCCACGGUGCGCCCCACCGAAGGAGAGGUCAGAGCUCAACCCGAACAGCGACCUGGACUGGCACACGCUCAGCCUGUUUCCACUCUUCCAGAUGCCGGGGCCAAGGGAGCAGUAUGAUAAGGAAGGGGGCACACCUGGUUAUUUCAGAGAGGGCUUCCUGGCAGUGCAGCAUGCAGUGGACCGAGCCAUCAUGCGUUCCUACAACCGAACUGCUGCUGCCUCUUUGUUGCAAAAGACCAGAGUGGUCCUGUCACGAUUUCCAUACCCUGCCUUUAUAUAUGACGUUUUCAUCCUGGCCAUUCAGAACCAACUGCCCUUACUACUGGUGCUCAGCUUCACAUACACAUCCCUCAACAUAGUACGAGCAGUAGUGCAGGAAAAGGAGAGGAAACUCAAGGAGUAUAUGAGGAUGAUGGGGCUCAGCAACUGGCUCCACUGGAGUGCCUGGUUCCUCAUGUUCUUCCUUUUCCUCUCCAUUUCUGUCUGUUUAGUCACAUUGCUUCUCUGUAUUCAGGUGAGCCCUAAUGGAGCCGUGCUCACUUACAGUGACCCCACCCUGGUCUUUGUUUACCUGCUCCUUUUCACUGUGGCCACCAUCAACUUCAGCUUCAUGAUCAGUGCCUUCUUCUCACGAGCUAAUGUGGCAGCAGCAGCAGGUGGUUUCAUCUAUUUCCUCAGCUAUCUGCCUUAUUUGUUCCUGUGGCCACGCUAUGAUUUACUGAGCCAUUCCCAGAAGGUAUCAGCAUGCCUUAUCUCCAAUGUGGCCAUGGCCAUGGGAGCUCAACUUAUAGGAAUGUUUGAAGGCAAAGGCACGGGGAUCCAAUGGUCAAACUUGUUUAAUGCUGUGACUGUGGACGAUGACUUCUCCAUGGCUCAGGUCUUGGGCUUGUUGCUGUUUGACGCCAUACUCUAUGGGCUUGUGGCCUGGUACAUGGAGGCAGUUUUUCCCGGAGAAUAUGGUGUGCCUCUACCAUCUUAUUUCUUUGUUCUGCCUUCAUACUGGUGCAGCAGCCCUCGGAUGGCUUUGGUGAAUGAGAAGGAGGAGGAGGAAGAUGCAGAAAAGGCUCUAAAAGGGGAAUUUAUAGAGGAGGAGCCAGCUGGACUUGUCUCUGGGAUAAAGAUUAAACACUUGGCAAAGGAAUUCAAAGUGGGCAAUAAAACCCGUAAAGCUGUGCGGGAUCUUACACUUAACAUGUUUGAAGGACAGAUCACGGUGCUGCUCGGACACAACGGUGCUGGGAAGACCACAACACUGUCCAUGCUGACAGGGUUGUUUCCCCCCACAAGUGGCAGAGCAUACAUCAAUGGUUACGAUAUCUGUCAGGACAUGGCUCUGAUCAGACGCAGCCUGGGUCUCUGUCCACAGCACGAUGUUCUUUUUGAUAAUCUGACCGUCAGAGAGCAUCUGCUCUUCUAUGCACAGCUGAAAGGCUAUUCCAAAGACAAAAUUCCAGAUGAGGUGGACCGGAUAAUUCGUAUUCUGAACCUUGAGGACAAGCAGCGGGCUCGCUCCAAGACCCUGUCUGGUGGCAUGAAGAGAAAACUGUCCAUUGGCAUCGCUCUCAUUGGAGACUCUAAGGUGGUGAUGUUAGACGAGCCCACAUCAGGUAUGGACCCCUCAGCCCGACGUGCCACCUGGGAUCUUCUACAAGGGGAAAAGCGUGGUCGCACCAUCCUGCUCACCACCCACUUCAUGGACGAAGCUGAUUUACUCGGUGAUCGAAUCGCUAUCAUGGCAGGGGGAGAGCUGCAGUGCUGUGGGUCACCCCUUUUCCUUAAGAACAAAUAUGGUGCUGGCUACCACAUGGUAAUAGUAAAAGAUGCUCUUUGUAACGUAUCUGAGAUCUCCCGCCUUGUCCAUAUGUACGUUCCCAAUGCCACCCUGGAGAGCAGCGCUGGAGCUGAACUCUCUUACAUUUUACCCAAAGAAAGCACCAGCAGGUUUGAGUUGCUGUUUGCUGAGCUGGAGAUGAACAGAGAAGAGUUGGGUAUUGCCAGCUAUGGAGCAUCUGUAACCACAAUGGAAGAGGUUUUCUUAAGAGUUGGCAAGUUGGUGGAUUCUAGUUUGGACAUCCAGGCCAUCCAGCUGCCUGCUCUGCAGUAUCAACACGAGAGACGCUCCCAUGACUGGACUACAGAUGAUGCCAGUAGCAUCAGUGGUAUGACCGAUGUCACUGACUUUACAGACAGUGGUACACUCAUCUCAGAAGACUGCUCCAACAUCAAGCUGAACACUGGGAUAAGACUACACUUGCAACAGUUCUAUGCCAUGUUCCUGAAGAGGGCGCUGUACAGCUGGAGGAACUGGAAGGUGAUGGUGGCUCAGUUCCUGGUCCCUUUGGUUUUUACUGCUGUGGCCUUGUUCGUGGCACGCACCCUUCCCAGUCACCAGGACGCUCCUCAGCUGAGGCUGGCACUCAGCCGCUACGGUCCCACCAGGGUCCCCAUGGCCCUGCCUGAUGAGGGGCCCUUGGCCUCUGCUCUGGCAAAAACAUACAGCUCCCAGCUCCCGGCCCAGCUCGCACAGCUUGUCAACAUCACUGACUUUACAGAUUACAUCCUGACGCAGGUGGAGGAAGAAGGUGGCAGCUUCAAUGAGCGCUGCGUGGUAGGUGCUGCGUUCCGUGGCAGGAGCAAGCACUUCAUGGAAGCAACAGCCUACUUCAACAACCAGGGUUACCACACACCUGCCACAGCCCUCAUGAUGGUGGAUAACGCUUUGUUCAAGCUUCUGGCGGGCCCGAACGCCUCAAUCCAAACAAGCAACUACCCAAUGCCGCGUAACCUGUCUGAGACCGCCAAGAGCCAUCUCACAGAGGGUAAGACAGGCUUUGCCAUCGCCAUCAAUCUAAUGUACGGUAUGGCCUCCCUGUCCAGCACCUUCGCCCUUCUGCUGGUAACAGAGUCAUCUCUCAAGUCCAAACAUGUACAGCAGGUCAGCGGUGUCUAUCUGUCAAACUUCUGGUUUUCUGCUCUGCUGUGGGAUCUGGUCAACUUCCUACUGCCGUGUCUCCUCAUGUUGGUUGUAUUCAAGGCCUUUGGAGUCAAAGCUUUUGUAGAGGAGAACCACCUGGUAGACGUAUUGUUGUUGCUGCUGCUUUAUGGCUGGGCUGUUAUUCCACUCAUGUACCUGCUCAGCUUCCUCUUCUCCACUGCUGCCUCGGCUUACACCCGCCUUACUAUAUUCAACAUGAUCUCAGGCACAGCUACCUUCCUAGCUGUCACCAUCAUGACCAUUCCAGAGUUGAACCUGCAGGACCUGUCACACCUACUAGAUAAGGUGUUUUUGAUUUUCCCAAACUAUUGCCUGGGCAUGUCUUUCAGCCAGUUCUACCAGAACUACGAAUUCAUCUCAUUUUGCACCUCCAGUGAAAUAAGCAAGAGGAUCUGCAAUUUUUUAAACAUCACAUACCAACAAAAUUACUUCUCGAUGGCGGAGCCUGGUGUGGGACGCUUUCUUGUGGCCUUCUCGGUGCAGGGUGUAGUCUUUAUUAUCCUGCUGUUUGCUAUUGAGCUGCAGUGUGUUCGCACUCUCCGGCGACUCAUCUCCACCCUUGGAAGAAGACGUAAACAGUUACCACUAAUAGAGGAUGCAGCUCUGCUCCCAGAGGACAGGGAUGUGGCUGAAGAAAGGAAGAGGGUUCUGGAAUGCCAGCCGAUGGUAGAGUCCAUGGUCGGCAGCCCACUCAUAUUGCAGGAGCUCAGCAAGGUGUACAGUAGCGGGGAAAGUCUUCUGGCUGUUGACAGACUGUCUCUAGCUGUGGGGAAAGGAGAAUGUUUCGGUCUGCUGGGCUUCAAUGGAGCAGGCAAGACCACCACCUUCAAAAUGCUGACAGGUGAUGAAAGCGUUACCUCUGGGGAUGCCUACAUUGAUGGAUACAGCGUCCUGAGGGACAUCAAGAAGGUCCAGCAGCGCAUUGGUUACUGUCCUCAGUUUGACGCCGUACUUGACCACAUGACAGGAAGAGAAACUCUGAGUAUGUAUGCCAGGCUCAGAGGAAUACCAGAGAGGUACGUAGCUGGCUGUGUGGAGAAUGUCCUAAGGUCGCUGCUGCUGGAGCCUCAUGCUGACAAACUAGUUCGUAGCUACAGUGGUGGGAACAAGAGGAAGCUGAGUGCAGGCAUGGCUCUGAUUGGUGGACCUCCUGUCAUCUUCCUGGAUGAACCAUCAACUGGGAUGGAUCCUGUGGCCAGAAGGUUGCUGUGGGAUGCUGUCACACGCACACGAGAAUCUGGAAAGGCCAUCAUCAUCACAUCUCACAGUAUGGAGGAGUGUGAGGCCUUGUGUACCAGGCUAGCAGUGAUGGUCAAUGGUCAAUUCAAGUGCCUCGGGAGUCCCCAACAUCUGAAGAGCAAGUUUGGCAGUGGCUACACCCUGCUGGCUAAAGUGCAUAUAGAGGCUGAGCUGGAGGACAGCGACCUGCUGCUAUUUAAAGACUUUAUCGAAAGCACCUUCCCAGGAAGUCAACUGAAGGAUGAACACCAGGGAAUGGUGCACUAUCACCUGACUGACAAAACACUGACCUGGGCCCAGGUAUUUGGUACUUUGGAGGCAGCCAAAGAAAAAUACCGUAUUGAAGACUACUGUGUGAGCCAGAUAUCACUGGAGCAGGUGUUCCUCAGUUUUGCCCAGUUUCAGCACUGCACAGAAAGCGCGAGGAAGUAGGUGGAGUCAAGGAAUCCGUCCAUUUUGACCGUCCAUUUUCUACAGUGUGUGUGUGUGUGUGUGCGCAUAUGACCUGUAUACAGGGACUCACCUCAGUUCCACAGCAGAGGUGAACACAGGCGAGACGAAAGUACCGUCUUACGUUGUUUUUUUUCUCUGACUCAGUUUUUACCAGUACACACACACACACUGGACCAGUCUCCAAUCCAAACAUCAGUUUCAACAUUUCUACUACUGUAUCACGUCGGUGUCUUUGUUGGGUUUUUCAUGCCGCUGUUGUUUUUAUGUGACAAAAAAAGGAGUUAUGACCAAUGGGCUUUGAGCAGUUAAUUAUACCAAGUAAUGAAUUGUGAGAACUGCACUUUUUUAGUAUGAUCAAAGACAAUGGCAUCUACUAUUAGAUCUACUACUAUUCCUCUGAAUUAUGUGUGACAGGGUUUACUUGUGUGCAUCAUUAUGUGUGAACUGCUUGUCAUUUUGUUAUUUAUUUUAUUACUUGAUUGAGUUUUUGACAAUUUGUGCUUUUUUUUUGUUUUGUUUUUUUAAAUGAUCUUCAAUCAUCACCAGAAAAUGAACCACUCCUCUUGUUACAUUAAUGAAAUCACUGCUCACCUUUGGGCCUUAUUUAACUAAUGAGGGUUCUUGUUUCUUUUUAUUGCGCUGUACGAAAUGCCUGAUUAUCCUUAAGAGCCUCUUGAUGUUGUUGCCAGAUGUAUAUAAUGUCACAUGUUCUUGGUUCUGAAACCACUUCAGACAAGACAAGACCAUUUAAUCAUCUAAAGACUGGGUACAUUAACGAAUGCAUGCAAAAGAAAAACUACAAAAGACAAACAAAAAAACAAGUGCAUGAUACCGGGAAAGUAGAAAGCAGCAAAAAAGCAUCCAUAUUGAGGGUCAAUCCUUGGAACAUUUAGUCCUGUAUUGUUAGUCCUCCUCCAUUGCUGCCAACAUGUUACAUCAGUGUGUUACCAUGUGGAUAUCUUGCCAUUACAGUUUACAUAGGAGCUGUUGUCGGGAUAUGUUUGACACUGAAGGCAGUUGUAAUACAGCUGAGUACUGCAUGUGGUUAGUUUGGACCUGGAACAUUAAGAUUGUAAAGACUUUGAGGCAUUUUUUGUACAAAGAUGUUUUUUUUCCAGCAGCUAUGCACUUCAUAUGGUACAUUUAUAUAUGUAUGUGUGUUUGUGUGUGUGAGAGAAAGAGUAUGGCAGCACAUUAUUCCUUAAUUCAUCCAGAAUAUUCAGAAAACUUCUAUGAUGGUCCUUUAAUGUAAAAACCAACAGAUUGUUACUGCGCAGUGGAUGUCAUCUUUAAUGUAGGAAAUGUAAUUCAAAAGAAAACAUCCAAAAAUGUUAUAGAUGCGAAUACGUCCUCUGCAUAGAAACUGAUGCCUUGUUCUGAUGAAGAGUGAUCGGUGCAGUGUUUGUUCUUCUUCAUUUGGAUGUGCUUCUUUCAACCUCAGUUUUACAUGUACUCGUCGUCGAUAACACCAUUAAAGCCUUGCUGGUUGAAUGACGUCAGUUACAUAACGAUGAGGAUCAUCAUCCAUUCCCUGCUUGUCAUCCAUAUCAGAGAUCAUUAUUUUAAUUGCUUAGUUAUUCUCUUUUUCCAGUGCACAGAUGACAUUCCAUCUCUCAAAAAUCGCAGAUGUGUGAUGAAUGUAUUUACUGGCUCAGACGAAGGCAAAAUGUUCAUCAUCAACUUUAUUUACAGCUUGAAAUGAUUCCCAACACAUCCUUUAUUACAUAAGAAAAUAUUGUGUCGCCAUAUAUGUGUGAAAAAAGCAGACACUGACAUUCCAAAAAGACACUUACAUGUGGCUUAUUGGUCUUCAUAGAUUUAAUUUCCUUGUUUUGACUUUUGCACAAUUUAUGUGUCAUUACAUGUUUGACUUGAAUCAUCUGCAAUGUUAGAUACAUAGUUUUAGGAAAAAGUGGAAAGGUUUGCGCUGCUUACACUGAAGGAUAUUAAAACAGUGUAUCAUAUUUAAAAGGGAAUUCAUUGUAUUGUGUACUGUACUGUACCAUUGAACUGACCUUGUCAACUGUAUAUGUAUCACUAUUCUUUUUAAAAUAAAUCAUGCUCUAUGCAAAUGGAA